AUGCUGCGCGCCAUCCACCAGCCCACUCGCGUCGAGCCGGUGACCACUCGGGCACAGGCAGAAAGUCCAGAAAGUCCUAGCAGGGAGCGCUUCGAUGCACGCCUCAGCAGAUUGGAAGACCUCUUCGACCAGCUCCCGACCACUCAGAGCGUCGAGAGCAGCGGCCUCGAGUUGAGCAGUCUUCCGGCCUCCACGGCGCCUCCGAACUCCACCAUGAUGCUCACCUUGAACUGGGUGGAUGCACACUCCGAGUCUGCGAGCUCAGAGAACAUCCGAAGUGCGCUGAGGGAGGUCCCCGUAAAUUUGGUCCGCGUGGACACACUUCCGGAGGGCCGAGGUGCGCUGGGUGCACAGGGCCGGGGAACGGUGUGCUGGCUUGCAUCCACGGACACACCCGCAGCGGAGACGGCGCUUCGGCGUCAGCUGACGGAUCCAAGCAGUGCCUUGCGGCGCUUACUCCCCGGUCUGGUCGCUGAGAGCUCUGCUGUGGUCCCGGCGCCGUUGGCCGCUCUUGCUGUGGGCCAUGCACGGCAGCUGAGUGCCCGCGUGAACAACUUGGAAGAUGCACAGAGACAGCUCGCUGACAAUCUCACCAGCGUCGAGCGCCAGGUGCUGAGCAUGGAGGGCCGUCUGGCAGGCAGUCUGGGCCUCACUGCGCCACUGCAGCGCAGGGGCGAGUCCUCUCCCCUGAACUUGAGCAGCAUCGGCCCACCUGGGCACGGACGCCGAGAUCCCGUGGGAAGUGGCCGGAGCCCCUCGGACCGGAUCGACGUGGACGAAGACGACGCCUCUGUGGACUUCGAUUCCGCCUUCAAUGAGACUGCGGAGGCCAGCCGCCGCAAGGAGGAACAGCGGCAUGCUGCCGAGCAGGCUGCACAAGCGGAGCGCGAGCGCCGACGAGCGGAGGAGGAGUUCGAGCGAAAGCGACGGGAACAGGCUGACGCGGAACGGCGCCGGGCAGAUGCCGCCCGGAAGGAGCGAGAGGAAGCGGAGGAGAAGCAGCGAGAGGAGGUGAGACGCCUCGAGGAGGAAGCUGCAAAACGACAAGCAGAACAG